AGUUUAUAUAUAUACGAAGGUUGAAUCCACUUUAUAUCAAUCUUUGCUUCAUAACUCAGAUUCCAAUACUCUUAUAUCAACUCUCACCUGCAACUCAAACCAUAAAAUCCCCUGAAACAUAUGCAUAUCUCAGUAACUAUCACUGCCAUAAACUCUACAUAAAUGGAGGACAAUUUUGCAUUCAAAAAAUUGCUGCAAGAUCACAAAAAACCAUGUGUUAGUACCACAGAUGCACUCAACUGGAAUCAGGAAUCAUCCAUUAGAAACACUCUAGGAUCUACUCUUCUUGGUUUGAGUCUGAAUAACUUGGAGCUUCCGAAAAAUCUUGAGCAAGAGCCUCUGAACCAAUUGGGAUUGUUGCAAGUUGAGCUGGAGGAGGUGAAGAAGGAGAAUCAAAAUUUAAGGUCAAUGCUUAAUGAGAUCAGUGAACACUACGCUGCUCUUCAGAAUCAGUUAUUGUUGGCGAUGCAGCAAAAGAAACUAUCUUCAUCACCUCCCAAUAAUGAGGACAUGCAGAAGGAUAGCAGGCAAGAUAACGUGAAGAAGCCAUGGCAGUUCUUACACACUGGUAAAAUGAAUAACCAAGUAACAGCAGAAGAAGCAAAAAUCAUAGAAGAUCAGGCAUUUGAGGCUUCUUGCAAGAAAGCUAGAGUGUCUGUAAGAGCACGAUCAGAAUCUAUGAAGGGUGAUGGUUGUCAAUGGAGAAAAUAUGGACAAAAGAUAUCAAAGGGUAACCCUUGUCCUCGGGCCUACUAUCGUUGCAACAUGGGAACAACAUGUCCAGUUCGCAAACAGGUUCAGAGGUGUGCUUCGGAUGAAAGUGUUGUGAUCACAACCUACGAGGGGACUCAUAAUCAUUCACUCCCUCCACCAGCCAGAUCCAUGGCUUCCACAACAUCAGCAGCACUGAGCAUGUUCCUUUCUGGCUCAACCACUACUUCAAAUCAUCAACUCUUCUCUUCUACCUACUAUCCAUCUGCAUCAUCAUGUCCCACUGUAACACUCGACUUAACCCACCCCACUAAGAACAACCUCAACCAUUCUCAAACUUUCCCUCUUUCACUCAACGGUUACCCUCAGCAGUGUGAGGGAUUAGCCUCAGAGAAAGACCUUCCCUUGGUCCAUGUUCUUAGUGCUGCCAUCACCAGGGAUCCUUCUAUUAGGGCAGCAUUAGAAGCAGCCGUUUCCUCUAUGAUUGCAGAUUCUCAGAACACCAGUAGCCAUGCCCAACUUAGUACCACUCCUUAUCACCCUUCUUCUUAGAUGUCUGCUCAAGUUUUCACACAUCAAGAUCAACAUGUGUUUAUGUAUCGUAAGUGUAAUAAUAUCAAUCUUUUCUGCUAUGUCUGGCAAAUAAUCAUAUUUCAAUGUUCAAGUCUAUGUUUUG